AUGAACAAAUUUCUGACACUAGUACUUCUUGCUGCGUAUACUGCAGCAGGACCUGCAGACGUACAGCCAUCUCAGAAUCUGAAUUGUUUGGAGUACGACAAUGCCUUCUUCAGCUGCAUGUUCGUGAAGACUAUCACUGCUCUUAACAGAGCGGCUCGAUCGAGCAACAUCGAAAUCAUCGAUGGCGUGACUUUCGUACGAGAUACUCCUAUGGAGCGCCUUAGCAGGAAUUUAGAAAUUAACGAAAAGGAGAUCAUGAAUGAACUACCACGCGAGAACACUAAUAGAAUGAUAAAAAUUUUCAACAUGCUAUAUGAUUCAGUUGUAUCUUUUAUGAAUAGCCACAGUUUGAAAUUUGACAUGCCCGAAGGUUCAGUUUCUCGUGCCCUGACCGAAGGACGUGGCAAGAUCAAGAAACUAGUUUUGCCAUUGAUUGCUGCAGCGGGUCUCAAGGUCUUCGCAUUCGCACCGCUUUUGCUUCUCGGCUUAGGUCUGAUAACUAUAAAAGCUUUAAUCUUCGGUAAAUUCGCCUUGCUUGCUGCCGGCUACAUGAUAUUCCAGAAGCUUUUAGGCGGUAGCAGCGUGGGUAGUCUCUUUAAUAGAAAUCCUCCGCCUAUUUGGUAUGACCACGGUCCCACUGGAAGUUGGGCUGCUAGCAGUGGGUCCCCAGGAUCACAGCAACAAGGAUAUAGAAGCUUUGACGCUGAUGCAAAAGUCGACGCCCAAAAUUUGGCAUAUUCUGCGCACGUACCAACUGCCAACGAUUAAAUAAGACAUUUUUUGUUAUCUGCCAUGAAGAAAUUUGGA